GCCAAGCUAACAACAACAAAAAAAAAACAAAAACCAAAAUUCAAGAGGGGAGAAGCAUAUUAAAUAAGGCUCAGAGACCGGCCACUUUAACUUGUUUCGGCAAGCAUUUCAAAUGUUUAGCCAAAAUUUUGAUUCUGAGAUAAUAUUUAGCAAAAAUGAAAUGAAAAAAUUUGAGAUGUUUGCAUUUUAUAGCGAGAAAGCAAAAUAAAUGAAAAGAAUUAAGUUAAGCACACACAAAAAGACUCCAACAGACAGACAGACGGACGAACGGGCAGACAGACACGUGUAGGCAAAGCGAAAGUAAAGUAAAAAUGUAUGGCAUAAAGCAAAUGAUAUAACCGCAAAGGACAAACUGAAUGAAUGGUGUGUGGGGUCCUGUUGUGGAGGAAAAGCAAGAAAAAAGUAAACAAAUAAAAAUUAAAAGUAAAAUUGCAACCCGUUUUUCAAUAUGGGUCCCAGUCGAAGGCCACCAGUUCAGAGGCAGAGGCGGGCAUGCAGCAUGCACACACACACACACUCACACAAAACACACACGCGCGCACACAUAUACACAUUUUUCAUACAAAAUCAUGCACUUGGUGAUGGCAGCUUUUUAGUUACUUAAAGGUUAAGGAUAACUCGCUUUAAUGCUUGUUUCUUGCACGCAAAAUUUUCUAGUUAUCCAAGAUGGAACGUCGUGGACGCAUUCCAGUGGCAAAGUUUCGCACUCAGGAGGCCAAAACACGUAGUCGGAGUCGUGUCCGUGAACCAGAUUACAAUGAACAGGAUCCGGAACAUGAUAUGUUUACACUGCUCGAGGACAAUAUAGCUUUGAAGGAGGAGAACAAAGCCCUUAAGUUGGAAAUAGAAACACACAAGACCACACAGGAGGAACAGCAAUCGCAACAUGAGAAGCUAUGCAUCCAGUUGGAAUCGCUGCAACAGCAGCAGGGCAAUUUCGAUACCCAGAUCAGGGAACUUACUGCCAAAUUUAAUAAGGCCCUUAACGAGCGAAAUGCCUUGGACAAGCUUCAUAAAAUGAAAGUCGAUCAAAUACAAAAUCUCACCACUGAGCUGGAACAUAUGCGCGAAAGGGAGCCUACACCAACUGCUAGUCCCCGUCUAGUGUUUGGCUCCGCGGAUCUCAAGCGUAAACUAUUGAAAAUACUUCAACAAGGCAGCGUUGAUAGUGUCGACAAUGAUUCGAAUAACUUGGAUAGUCUGAUCGAUGCCAAUAUGGAGGGAAUUCCGAUUACUAGUGCCCUAGUGGAGCGUCUAGUUGACGAAUUCUUUUCGUUGAAGCAACUAACUAAUGCCGUGGAACUCCAACUGUACGAGGCUAAUGAGAAAAUGGCCGAGCUGCUGGAACAGCAACACUCCCUGGAGGAGGAGAGCGAAACACUCAGAACGGAGAACAGCAAUUUAACAAAAGUGGCCAAAUUACUCACUGAAAACAUGAAGGAGAGUGUUGAAACUAGCCAAAAAAUGGAGGCGGCAUUGAUUAAAAUGAAGCAACGCAACGACGAGCUUACUGCCAAGACUAAAGAUCUGACUGAUGCACCGCAGCCAUCGCCAACCAAACUUCAUGAGCAAGCCGAAUUCGAGGAGAUCAAGGAUCAAGUGCAGCAACAGGCACGCGAUCAUAAUGAACGAAUUGUGGAAAUGCAAAGCCUUAUGGAUGCGGCUAUAGCUAAAACCACUAACGAUGAACUAAAAAAAUUACAACUUAAGUUGGAAAUCCUUGAGGAACAGUUGAGAGAAGCUUUAACACGUGCUGAUCGAGCCGAGGAUCAAUUGGCACAUUAUCAGCAAACAACAGCAGCUCCUCCAUCUCCUCAUCCUCCUCCACCACCACCCCCGCCACCACCUCCACCACCGCCACCUCUACCAGCGCUUUCUAGGGCUGGACCUGGGGCUGGCGCUGGAUCAGUGGUUGCCAGUUUCAGUGAUCACAUAGCCGGCCACAAUUUGCAUAAGAACAUUAUCGAUACGGUGAAACAUCAGGUAGAACCGCAGGCAGCAACAGGUCUUGACGCUCUAGUAAGGGAAUUCAAGUCGGGGGGCGUGACACUUCGACGUCGGAAUCGUCGCAAGACCGGCACCAGCGAGGCUCUUAAAGAGAUGUUCCAAGUCCUCGAGAUAAGUCAAAAGCAGAAUCGUAAUUCGAAAAUCUGUGUGGAUUUGCAUUCGCCCACAUGAAUGACUUGUUCGCACAUUUUUCCUUUCUCUGUCUCUCUGUAUUACUUUUGGUCUCAAAACACUCAAGGCUUUUGCUGUUGCUUGAACAACGAACAUUCCAUGCAUUUCCAAUGAAACUUGUAUUAUUGUGUGCCUUCUAUUGAAGAAAUUAAAGCAAUUUCUAAUGUUUUAUGUUUAAGAAUUAAUUUUCAGAAAUUUUACAAUUUUUAUCUAAUAUUAAUACAAAUAACUCUUGUUCUGUUUGCUCUAAUAACUUUUACAUCAACUUUGACAUGUGUUCAUUUAUUGUGUAACGUCUUUCACGUUUUCAUUAUUUAUUAAACAAAAACCAAUCGGAAUAU